AUGGUGCGUAGGCCGGGCUUUACCAUCCUUCUCGCCCUGGUAUUGAGAAUCCUCAUCUUCGCGCUCCAACAGUCGAACAACAUCAAAGUCGUCUGUCGGUAAGCCAGUGCCCAAACAUGCCGCUCGACUGGGACUGGGGGGGGGGUGGGCGAUGGUCUGGGAAGCGGCGUGCCACGCGCCUCGUCGUGUCGCAGCAACCUUGCUAAGACGAUCCAAUCCCUCUCUGCGUUCCUGUACGCCACACCCUAGGUUUCGACCACCCAAUGCUCUCGAGCUUCGUGAAACCGGUGGCGAUUCUAUCAUCGUGAUCGACGAGGAAGGAACGAAUGUCAAGAUCAAAGGCUUGAGUGGUGCAGAUGCCCAAGGCUUCACUUUCGAUCGCGCGUUCCAGAUGGAUACCAAGCAGGUCGAGGUGUUUGAGUAUGGCGUCAAGAGUAUCGUCGAUGGUCAGUGUCCUUCCUGCUUACCGGAGUUCUGAGCGCAUCGAGUCUCGGCAAGUUGGGGAGGGACCGUGCACGGUACAAGUUCCCGCAGAGACAAAGGACUCGAAACGUCGACCUUCGAAAGCAAGGACCCCGGGUUUUUGAUGAUGACUCCUUUACACCACCAACCUCCGAGUGACUUGAUUGUCGAGCGGAGAAGUCUAAGAGUUUAGGGCGAUGGCAUGGGGUUGUAUUCUUCCCGGAAUGGGCGGAACUCGACUUCUGUUUUUCGCUUACGUCUGAUCAUGUCUCUGGGCCUUGGCGAAGAACUGGGGGCCAUUGAAAGACUCAAUCUUGGCCAUGUGACUGUGGAUGAAUUACUGACAAGUUAUGUCCCGUUCGCCCAGAUGUCAUGGACGGUUACAAUGGGACGGUCUUUGCCUACGGUCAAACGGGUUCGGGAAAGUCCCAUACCAUGAUGGUGGGUCCCGAGGCCAAGCUAGAUCAACUGGACGAGAACCAGCUCUUAGGUUAUUCAGGGCUUAUUCACAGGGACCCGACAUCGACAACGACGACAUGAAAGGUAUCAUCCCGCGCAUCACCGAACAGAUCUUCCAGAGCAUCAUGGCCUCGCCGGGCAACAUCGAGUACUUGGUAAAGGUCUCGUAUAUGGAAAUCUACAUGGAGCGCAUUCGAGAUCUAUUGGCCCGUGAGUACUCGAAUGAACUUCUUUGGGCUCUAGGAGCGCAUCAUCUGACACUUGCAUUUGGACCUCUCCCAGCCCAAAACGACAACCUGCCAAUUCACGAGGACAAAGCGCACGGUGUCUACGUCAAAGGUCUCGCUGAUUUCUACGUCUCCAAUUCGGCCGAAGUGUUCGAAGUCAUGCGACAAGGUGGUAAUGCCCGCGCCGUCUCGUCAACGAACAUGAACGCCGAAUCAUCGCGAUCUCACUCCGUGUUCGUCAUCACCAUCCAAGCGAGGAACGUCGAAUCGGGGACGCAAAAGACCGGAACGUUGUACCUCGUUGAUUUGGCGGGUAGUGAGAAAGUGGGCAAGACCGGUGCUUCGGGCCAGACGCUGGAAGAGGCCAAGAAGAUCAACAAGAGUUUGAGUGCGCUCGGGAUGGUCAUCAAUGCCCUGACGGAUGGGAAGGUGCGUCAGAUCGUUCCCCUCAAAGGUGGAAUCGGUAAAGCGUUUCAAGUUGACACGUUUUUUGUGAUAUGUUGAGCGCAGUCGUCCCACGUCCCUUAUCGCGACUCGAAACUGACGCGUAUCCUACAAGAAUCGCUCGGUGGUAACUCGCGCACGACGCUCAUCAUCAACUGUUCCCCCUCGGCGUACAACCAAGACGAGACGAUCUCGACCUUACGCUUCGGUAUGCGGGCCAAGUCGAUCAAGAACAAGGCCCGAGUCAACGCCGAGUUGUCACCCGCCGAAUUAAAGCAAUUGCUCAAGAAGGCGCAGAGGGAUACGGCCAAUGCGGGAGCGUACAUCGCUUUGUUGGAAGCCGAGAUCAAUGUAUGGAGAAGCGGAGGUAAAGUCGAUGAGGACGCGUGGGCCAGUAUGGAGAAGGCACUGGGGUUGGGCGCAGGUGAAUUGGAGAAAUUGGCUGGUGGGGCAGGAAGAGCCAUCAGUCCGGCGGGGACAGGGACCUUGUCGGGCAAGGUCACACCGACACCGAGAUUACCGGCUUUGGAUAGGGUUGGCAGCUCGGCGGAGGGGGACAUCAGUCGGCCGAUGACACCGUUGGGCCAGGAUGAAAGGGACGACUUUUUGAGGAGGGAGAAUGAAUUGGGGGAUCUAUUGGCCAAAACGGUGAGGGCUUGAGCUAUGGGAGGAGUGCCCGCCGCAUGGAAACUAAUAUCGAGUUUUCAAAUUGGUGCCCAUAGGAAUCGCAACUCUCAUCACAAGAGAAACUGAUCGGCGAGCUGCGCGACGAAUUGGCAACGCUCAAGGAACAAGAAACCCUUGCCGCGAACGAGAACAAGUCGAUGGCGAGUGAACUUUCGGACUUGAGGCUACAAGUCGAACGUCUCGUAUACGAGAGCAAGGAAGGUGCGAUCACGACCGACUCGCUCAAGGACCAGAAUGCCGAAUUGUCGGCCGAGUUGGAGGAGCUCAAGGUAAGGAAAAGGUUUCUUCAACAGGUCGACGCGAGUGCGAUGACUGAGCAGAAAGAGAUAUCAUCUACAGAAAACGAUGAGCGAACUCAAAGUGACGCAGAAGAGCGCGACACAGGAGGGAAAGGACAAAAAGAAGGCCGAGAAGAUGGCGGCGAUGAUGGCCGGUCUCGAUGCGGGGGGGAUGUCGGAGAAGGAAGCCGAGAUCCGAGCUUCGUUGGCUCGACUCGACGAGGCGUCGACUGCAGACCAGCCUUUGUCGGCAGAGGAUCUGACAACUCUGCGGCGCCAGUUGGAAGACAGCCACUCGCUUGUGCGAGAACACCAGGAGCGAUCGAAGCGGACGCAAGAGGAGAACGAGAUCUUGACACGGCGCAAGGACGAGCUUGAAACGCGCUUGGCCGGCCUCGAAGCGGAGUACGAAGAAUUACUCGACAAGUCCCUGAUCGAGGACGAGCGAGGUGCCGAGGCGGACGUCCAGGAAAUCAAGCACAAGCUCGAGACGCAGUACGCGAUGAAGCUCGAAGCGGCCGUGCACGAUGCUUCUGACCUACGCCAACAGCUCGAACUGAAGUCGAACGAGGUCAAGACACUCACUGCUUCGACCGAGUCGCUGAGGAGCGCGAAUGCCGAGCUCGAACGAGCGUUCAAGAUCACGGCUGCUGGGAUCGAAGGUGGGCAGAGCUUGGCCGAGAGCGCCAAGGAUAUGGAGAGGGUGCGCAAGUCGAUGGCGGCGCAGUUGGCCGAGUUCGAUACGAUGAAGAAGAACUUGAUGAAGGACUUGCAGAACCGAUGCGAAAGGGUGAGCAACUCGUUCUCGUAGUUCUGAAACCGCCCAAAGACUGAUCGAGGGAUGGGGUACCUUCUCCAACUUUCUACCCCUUUCAGGUCGUCGAACUCGAAAUUUCGCUGGACGAGACGCAGGAACAGUACAAGAAUGUACUCAAAAACUCGAACAGCAAGAUACAACAACGCAAGAUGGACUUCCUCACGCGCAACCUCGAUCAAUUGACCGCUGUGCAAAAGGAGCUCGUCGAACAAAACUCGCUCCUCAAGAAGGGUUGCGCCGUCGCCGAACGCAAGCUCAUCGCGCGCAACGAGCACAUCCGGAACCUUGAAGUCGCUUUGCAAGAGGCCAAGGACAAGGUCGCGCUCGAGUCGGACAAGUUCGAGGAAAAGCUGAGGCUCGUGCGGGCACGUCUCGAUCACGCCAAAGGUAAACCCUUGUACCUGCCUAUUGUCUCCCGUCUUGCGCUCGCGAACAAGAAAGCUGAGGCGUUUCCGCCACUUUUUCGGUCUUCAGAACAGCAACAACAGCAGCCCACGCUCAACAGCUCGCUCAGCUUCGGUCGGAUCGCCAAACCUUUGCGAGGCGGAGGCGCGGCUGGGGCAGCUACGGGUCCCGCUCGCGUCGAUUCGUCGAGUUCGCUCGCCAAAGCCACGAGCGGCUUCUUUGCUCGCCCGAGCUCGUUCUUUGGUGCUAGUCCUGCGAGGUGA